UUUAGAUAUGCUUAGUAAUAAGAAUGAGCUAGAGGAGAGAUUAAAUACCCAUUUUGAUAAGAAAAAAGAGAAAUUAUUAUCAAAUUUGAAUAAUACUGAUAGUAAUAUCAGAUUUCUAGAAUUAGUUGAAGGCCAAAGUAUUAAUAAUGAUAAUAACCUAAUUGAAGUACAGAGAGGUUUUGUUUCUGAAAAUGAAGAAUUUUUGGAAUUAGAGUCAUAUUUGGGCAAUAAAUAUAAUUUCAGAAAACAAGCAGAAAGUAUGUCUGAAAUAUCAUACUUGAGGAAUAAGGAGUGUGGUUAG